AUGAGUAAUAUCCAUGAUGAGACUUGUAGAAACAUGCUGGCUCAAUUCCGGGUUAAUCAUUUGAAAUUCCUUUUAAGAACUUUCGGACAAAGUAUGGCAGGACGAAGAACUGAAUUACUAAGACGGGCAAUGGAAUUAAUAAGUUCCAAGCCGGCUAACCUUAACCAUAUGGCAUAUCUAUCAAAAAUAUUUGAUAUGUACCAUUCUAUAAAUCAAGAAAGAACGUACCGACGACGACGAUACCCUCAACAAUCAGUGCAAGUGCCCCGUGCUAGAUUACCACAGUUUCCGUCGGAAGUAGAAGGACUCGCACGUGGUUACCCUACAGGUGCAAAAAUUUUUUCUAGAAAUACUGUGGCUAACAAUCACAUUCAGUAUGCACCUGGCAGUUAUCAGCCAGUUAGACCACAAACUGUUGUUCAACCGCAAUUGCCCACAAAUCAACAAAAUACAUCAAACCUUGUUUUGAAUUCACCGUCUAGUGGAAACAGUAAUGCUUCUGCUUCCAUCCCGUCUCCUCAAAUUGUAGCCAAUUACAAGUUCACAAAGCUACCAUUUUAUGAAGUUAUAAAAGAUAUAAUCAAACCAACUCUUCUCGAUGAUACAAGUAGAUGUAUUUUAUCAAAAUGUCCUGAAGGUACGAGAGAACACGAAUUCAAAUAUACUAUGUCAAUUGAAGAUUUAAAUUAUAUUGCAUUGAAUCGUGACAUUUCCUAUGGCAAAUCUAAUUACCUAUUCAACUGUCAGAUUCGAAUUUGUCAGUUGGAUCAAAUUGUGAGUACUGAGGUAACUGAUGAGUUGCCCAAAGGACUUAUUAUUAAAAUCAAUGGUACUGCUUGUCCAUUGCCACCUUUUCUCCCGGCAAGACCAGGAAAAGAGUCUAGACUAACUUCUGGACCUAUCAAUUGUGCUCAGAUUUUACAGCUUAAUCCAAUUUCUCCAAACAGAAUCACUAUAUAUUGGAUUCCUGAUGGGAAAAAAUACGCCCUGGCAAUGUAUAUUGUAAAACAAAUAAGUGCAGAUACUUUGAUAAAAGAACUUCGUGUUAAUAAAGUGAGGAGUUCAGAUGAGACAAAAAAUUAUAUCAUUAAAAAGUUGACAUUUGUCGAUCCAGAUUUGGCAUCUACAUCUUUUGGUUUUUCUUUGGUGUGUCAAUUGAGUACAGUUAAAAUGAAGCUGCCGGCAAAAUCUAUCCAUUGUAAUCAUUUACAGUGUUUUGAUGCCGCUACAUUCAUUCUAAUGAACGAGAAAAAUCCCAAAUGGAUAUGCCCAACGUGUCAUGAAUCUUGUUUGUAUGAUGAAAUUCGAAUAGAUGGUUAUUUUUUGGAAAUUGUUGAAGAACUUGCACUUCGAGACGACAUCAAGGAAAUCGGCCUUUUGGAUAAUGGUUCAUGGUUUAUACCUGAAAAGUGUAAAGACACCAAAAACAAGAAUAGUAGUAUUGAUAAUACAGUUAUUGAAAUAGAUGAUCUUGAAGAAUCCACAGAGUCGAUAGAAGAACCUAGGCCAGGAUGUUCAAAAUGGCAGAAACAUGGAAAAUUGGAACAAUCUAUUUUCGAUUUGACAAUAUAUUAGGACGAAUAACCAUCAAAACAAUAUUAGCCAGUUACUAAAGUUAAAUUAAAACCACAAGUUCAAGUACAGCCGCAACAAGCUGUUACCAGUGUUCAGAACAAAAAGUAAUUGAAAUAAACAUUUUGCCGGUCUUUCAGUUCCUAAUACUACAAUUAUUGAAGCCUCUUAAUUAAUAAAAGGGCUUUGCCACCUCUAUCCCCCAUAUUGCUUACA